AUGGGAACAUAUAAAUCAAAGCAGAUUUAGCAUAAUGUGUUUGACGAGCAACAUUUAGACGAGUCACCUGCAGAUAUAAAACCAAAGACAAGAUCUCCAAAGCCUACAACAUGGAAGCUAAAUAUUUUAAGAGGAAAAAGAGAAGAUGAAAUUAAAGAUGAAGCAAUGCCAUUAGCGCGUAGAAGAUGUAGAAAGAAAGCUAUGGAAUUCAUAAAAUGUGAAUAAUAAAAUGGAAAAUAUUGGACAGUUUUUGAAUGUAUUGAAGAGUAUGAAAAAAUGAAUGAAUGUUUUUAGAGAGAGACUGAAAUUGAAGCAGAUAGAUUAAGAAGAGACAUUUCUAGACAUCCUGAAUGGUGGUGGAGAGAGUUUUAUGAUGAAGAUGGAGAAAUAGGUGAACAAGCUGCCUGGAAAGAUGAAUGGUGGGGCUCUUUACUCUUCUAAAAAUUAAAGAACAAAUAUUUUGGCUCCUCUGAAUCUUCAACAACAUCUUCAUAAUGA